UUAUAAACAAAAUUUACCAUUGCACGUAAAUCUACCAGGAUAUUUUGGAACUAGCGAGUCCUCAGUGUAAUGUUAGACAACUAGCCUGCUAGCUAGCUUAGCUAACAACUUUUCAUUCAUUACGCCUGUACACUUUUCUUUGUUGAUAGCUACCGGGUAGCUUUUUUCACAACAUUAGCUGGGCAGUAGAGAGGCGUCGUUGGUUUUUGUUUAGAGUCAUGCAGACACAACAGAAAACCAGCCGGAUAUAAGCAUCGUUAUGCUAACUUAGUUUGCUUUAAAGUUGACAGCUGGCUUGUUAUACAGGCGAGAUUAGCUAGCAUAAUAUUUUCCAAACAAGCUUAUUAGUUGCGCUACUGUCACUACUGUCCACACUAAGAGGAGAAUUACAUCAGCCGCAGCAACAACGAACCCUAUGUUUGAGUAAAAUCCUACAAAAAGGGGUAUAUUUUUAUUGCUUUCCUCCUUUAAUGGUAUCUUACUUGGUAGCAGCAACAAAGGGUUGCUAUAGUAUCUAUCCUCUCCCAGGCAGCAUCACUAGCGCUCCUCUCAUCUCCCUAUCCGUCCUUGAAUGAUGGUGUUAGAUGUCACUAUAAUGAAGGUGUGAGAAGGAAGCCCAUUUGGUCCCCUUGCUGUUCUGCACACUUCCAUAUGGAUUCCAGCAAUGAUGAGGCCCUUGAUAUUAUUGUCACCAAUGUGGUGGCGACCUUUAGGACCAGGUGCCAUCUCAAUUUGCGCACUAUUGCCUUAGAGGGGAUCAAUGUUAUCUACAAACCAGAAGUAGGGAAAGUCCUUAUGAAGCUUCGUAAACCCAAGAUAACAGCCUCAAUCUGGUCAUCAGGGAAAAUCAUCUGCACUGGAGCAACAAGUGAAGACGAGGCAAAGUUAGGUGCCCGCAGGUUAGCACGCUGUCUGCAGAAACUAGGUUUCAAGGUGCGAUUUUCAGCCUUUAGGGUUGUGAAUGUGCUGGCUGUGUGCUCCAUGCCCUUUGCAGUCCACCUCAUAGACUUUACCAAGAACAACCGUCCUAUUGCAAGUUAUGAACCAGAACUCCAUCCCGCUGCUACAUACAGGAUCAAAAACCUCAAGGCUACUAUCCAGGUGUUCUCUACUGGCAGCAUCACAGUUACAGGACCAAAUGUGCAGAAUGUGGCCACAGCCGUGGAGCAGGUUUACCCACUAUUAUUCGAGUGUCAAAAACCUCUCUGCAAGUAAAUGAAAACAAAAAGUAAAUGGGAAGGCAAGUCUAAUUCUUUGUUUCAAGUGAGGAAGCACCUUAUUCUGGAAUUUGCUUUUUCUUAUCAUUACAUGGCAACAGCAACAAAUGUCUUAACAAAAUGACAGACAAAUGGAUAAGAGCUGGAUUUUAAAAUGGUCUUCACUAUGUUAUCUAGAAUGUUUUUUUUUAGUUUUCAUACUCACGAAUUGUCACUACAGUCAUUUUACAGUGUAACUCUUUUGAUUUUAACAGCCUAAACCUGCAAAUGUCUUCCAAAUGUUAUUUCCUCCAUUGAAAUGGUUAAUCGAACAUGACUAGCACUGACGGGGGAGCUGUUUGCUCUCGCUUUUGUGAUUUUCUCUGGGUGGUUUUGCAUGGAUACUGAAAGACAAGUUUGUAACAUUUUUAAAACGAGAACAGCUGUAACUAUUGCGAAGAGUCGAGAUUUUAACACCAACACCCCAUUUACAUCUGUCGUUUAAACGCGGCCUGUGAUUGGAUCUCAGCCACCUCAGUGCACCUCCUCCUGCUGGGAUCAAAUCACACAUUUCAGAAGAUCCAUCAAGAAUACACGUUAUUAUCAAGUAAAAAAAUAAAGCCCAUGGGUGCAAUGUAAAUAACCAGAUGUCCUAGAAAACAUAGAGAUCAGGUGUAAAAGGAGCCUGAUAGUGUCCACUAUUUUUUCUUAUGCCAGGUUUCUUAAUCAAAUCUCCGUCCGUUGCUUCUCUAUAAAGGUGCUUGAGUGGAAAAAAAAAAAAUCCACUCUUAAGUGGCCCCUAACUUUUGCUCAAACACAAACAGCAUUCUACUUAGGAUAACUUCAACUUUGUUUGCCCGUUUAUUAUUAUUCUGCACAGCUAUGGCUGACCAUGUUCCCUAGUGUGGUUUUAAUGUAUUGUCCUUUUGAACAUGUGAGUUCCCUGUAAUAGUUAAUUUGCUGUUAUUUCUUUUUCUGGCUACAACUCUUAAAAACAACAGCAAUUGCUACUGGGACAUGGUAAGACCAUUACAUUUUAACAGAGUUUUUACUGCGCAGAGGAAUAAUGAUUUGUAAAACAGCCAGAAUCCGAAUGUUUAAAAUUGCCGGAUAUUCAGCAACUAGAAACAACCCCUCGAGAGAACAGAUAGUGAAGCAGAUCAGAAUCACAAAAGGAGUCACUAGUAAACCAGAAGACUUAAGGCUUUUUCUUUUUAAGUUUUGUGAAUCCUUGAAGCAGCAUUACAAGUGUUCGAGGUGGUCACGGUCCACAGCCUGUGUUGUCUGAAAAUGAAACCCUUCAUAAAAUCCCAUUCUCUCAAAACAGCAAAAAGCAAUGGUUAGUGGUUAAGUGUUGUAUCCUUGUGGUAACAAGACUGCAGAUUGCACACUGGGUCAUACAUCUAUAGAGACAGCCUAUGUAUGUAUGUGUAUAUUUAAAUGCAACUGGUGGUGAAGAUGUUGACUAAAUGUUUGACGUUGUAUGUGAUACGGAGUGAUUUUCGAACCAGUGUCAACUCAACAUUUGGGACACUUGUUCAGUAUUUUGUAUUUUGUAUAAAAAUAAAGGUUAAACAUGC